AUGGCGGCUAUGUCUGACCCUACGAAAGAGGAGCCUGCUUGUUGUUUAUGUUUGGUGACAGAAAGGCGACUGUUUUGCCUGAAAAAUAACAAAGCCUCACGAAAUGAGGUGCAUUCUGUAAUCGAAUUCUUGAUUUCGAAACCACUUGAACGCAUUUUUGACAAGCUUUUCAUUUGCCAGGCUUGUAUGAAUCUCUGUGACAAGAUAACAACAUACAGGGCGAAUGCCAUAGCACAUAUCGAUAAAGUGACUGCCGAAACUAAAAGAGUGUUUAACGGAUUAGAUAGAGUGGUUACCGAAUCUGAUAAUGUGGUUACCGAAUCGAGUAGAGUGGUUACCGGAUCUGAUAGAGAGGUUACCGAAUCUGGAAGAGUUUUAACUGAAUCUGAUAACACCAAAACAAGUGCCAUUACACCAGUUCAGACUCUUCAAGCACUCUCUAGGAUGGCAAAAGCUGCUCAAAAUACUACCAUCUCUGACGAAAAACUCAAACUGUCAGAUCGAAUUAACAAAGGUAGGAGCAGCCGUGCCACUGCUCGAAAGACAAAACGGAGCAGACCUUCUGAGGACCAUUCAUAUACAAGGAAAAAAAAGGCUGAAAGUCCAAGCACUAAGGAAAUAUAAGUUCAUAUGCUCACUUCUUAACACAUAACUGUAAAUGUGCAAGUGUAAUUCAAUUAUGAUGUACAAAGUAUAAAAUGACUGCAUGUCAGGCACUUGAAGAUAUUUAUUUAUAAUAAUUGGGCCAAGUUACUUUCUUUCAUGAAUACGGUACAUAAUGCAACAUGGCUACAAUUAUUGACAAUCCAAAGCAUAACAGCAUCACUGAAGGGCUAUCAAACUGGACAAACGUGAACAAACUUGACUGAUUCUGCAAUACAGUAGUGGAGGAGAUACUUGCUGAUCUACAUAUUCCGUUUAAUGUCCAGGGAAGAGAGGAAGCUCUUGAAGUGGAAGGCAUUGUCCAGGCACAGCAUGAAACGUUACAAUGUGACCAGUAUAUAGCAACUAUAAAUGAUGGGAAAAUGUUUACAUUAAACUUAACAUAGAUGGCUGUGACUUAGUUGUUGAGAAUUACUUUGAAUCUUUGAAGAAAGGAUGUCCAUUAAAAGUAGUCAAUAUGGUGCAUAAUGUUAUGUUGUGAAAGUUUGAAAAGAAUGAUAAUCUCUUAAAUAAUAAUUAAUGUCAAGAAUUUUCUUCAAUGGGUUUUUUCAUUGUAUAAAAUGAAAGAAUGAUGUUAAAAGAACCUUUAUUGUUUUCGAAAACAUUAUUCUUUUUUUAUAGUCAUUCAAGGUUGUACAAAUAUCUUACGGAUUGGAACAAUUACAUUAUAUUAUGUCCACAUGUUCAUGUUUUUCCUGACUAUUUUCCAUGAGUAAUAGUUGUAUUACUGUAAUUAAUAAAGAGUAUUCAUAUGAUAUAAAACUACAGUCGAGUCCUGUUAGCUUGAAUUCCUCGUUUGCUCGAACUAGAUGUAAAGGACUGAUUUCUUAAUACUGAGUGUAAACAAUAUUGCUUGGCUCAAAUUUACCGAGGCUUGAGGUAUUUUCGCCAGUUCCUGGGAGUUGGAGCCAAUGGGGUUCGACUGUAUAGUCAUCAAUAAAUAACUGAACAAUUACAAUACAUAAAUCAUUAGCAAGGAAUUUAUUGGGGGAUAUAUUAUAUGUAUUCUUUUAGUUCUUAGUUUUAUAAACUGUAUGUAUAUGGUAUAUAUUGCAUAUAAGUUUUAAGCUUGAUGCUGUGUAAAAGAUACCAGUAAUUACGUACAUAUAAAUAGAAAGUCUGUUGUACCUCAAUUUGUGUGGCUAUAUUUUUUAUAGUCAUUUUAACUUGAAAUGUGUAUAUAUAUUAAUGUAUGGAAAUAAAUAAAAGAAAUAUAUAUGUAUUGAUGAGACUGAAUAAAACUAAUCAAAAUUAUUAAGACCGAGUAUACAUUUGUCUCUGUAAAUGUCCUGAAAGGAAUGAGCAGGUAUUGUUGCUAAUCCAAGGAGAUAGCAAGGGCCCGUAUACAUCUACAUCUAAGUAGAGCCUAAAAAAUUGUUUGGUUAGGGUUAUAUUCUUUUCAAAAAUAGGUAGGGUAGGUAGGCUU